AUGGCUGACCGCUAUAUCCCCGAGCAUCGUCGCACCCAGUUCAAGGCCAAGAGCGCCUUCAAGCCCGAUGAGCUUCGUCGCCGUCGUGAGGAACAGCAGGUCGAGAUUCGCAAGGCAAAGCGCGAGGAGAACUUGGCCAAGAGGCGCGGUAUCGGUGCUGGCGACUCGCGACCUGGAGCUUCCCUUGGUGCUGCUCCCGACAGUGAUGAUGAGAACCCUCCCACCGAGUCUCAGUUGAGCGAGGACCUCCCCAAGAUGGUCGAGGGUGUCUUCUCCAGUGAGAUCGACAAGCAGAUUCAGGCGACCACUAAGUUUAGAAAGCUGCUUAGCAAGGAGCGCAAUCCUCCCAUCGAAGAGGUUAUCAAGACCGGUGUCUUCGAGGCCGCAUGGGCCCUUACCAACAUUGCUUCGGGCUCUGCCACCCAGACCCAGGUCGUCAUCGAGGCUGGUGCUGUUCCCAUCUUCGUCGAGCUUCUUGGAAGCCCCGAGCCCGAUGUCCGCGAGCAGGCUGUCUGGGCUCUCGGCAAUAUUGCUGGCGACAGCCCUCAGUGCCGCGAUUACGUUCUGAGCUGCGGUGCUCUGCGUCCUCUGUUGACCCUCCUUGGUGAUAGCCGCAAGCUGAGCAUGCUCAGGAACGCUACCUGGACUCUCAGUAACUUUUGCCGCGGCAAGACUCCCCAGCCCGACUGGAGCACGAUUGCCCCUGCAUUGCCAGUUCUCGCCAAGCUCGUCUACUCGCUAGACGAUGAGGUCCUUAUUGACGCCUGCUGGGCCAUCUCCUACCUCUCGGACGGGUCCAACGACAAGAUCCAGGCAGUUAUCGAGGCUGGCAUUCCCAGGCGUCUUGUUGAGCUCCUGAUGCACGCCUCCACCUCUGUUCAGACGCCCGCGCUUCGGUCCGUUGGCAACAUUGUUACUGGAGAUGACGUUCAGACCCAGGUUAUCAUUAACUGCGGUGCCCUUACCUGCCUCCUGUCUCUCCUGAGCUCCAACAAGGAUGGCAUCCGCAAGGAGGCUUGCUGGACCAUCAGCAACAUCACUGCUGGAAACUCGGCCCAGAUCCAAUCUGUCAUUGACGCCAACAUCAUUCCUCCUUUGAUCCAUCUCCUCUCUCAUGCUGACCUUAAGACUCGUAAGGAGGCUUGCUGGGCCAUCAGCAACGCGACUUCGGGUGGUCUCCAGAAGCCCGAUCAGAUCAGGUACUUGGUUGCUCAGGGUUGCAUCAAGCCUCUCUGCGACCUCCUUGCUUGCCCUGACAACAAGAUUAUCCAGGUUGCCCUGGAUGGUCUUGAGAACAUCCUCAAGGUUGGCGAGCUUGACAAGAACGCUGCUGGCGAGGGCCCCGAGUCGAUCAACCGCUAUGCUCUGUUCAUCGAGGAGUGCGGAGGAAUGGAGAAGAUCCACGACUGCCAGACCAACGCCAACGAGGAGAUUUACAUGAAGGCGUACAACAUUAUCGAGAAGUACUUCUCUGACGAGGACGAGGCCGGCGAUGAGGCCAUGAGCGCUCAGCAGCAGUUUGGAUUCGGUGCUUCCGGUGGUGCCCAGCAGGGUGGCUUCAACUUUGGUGCUAACGGCACCGAGUCGAUGGACAUGUAA